AACGGGAAAAAAAAAACGAGACGGCGCACAAAUUUUUUUCCCGCCGUCGCCCUGCCGUCCUAUUCACGGCGUUGCCUUUUCUUCAGCUGGCCUACCCUCUCACCGACUUCCUGCCUCCGGAGUUUCCUCCCCUUCGUGGCCAUGGACUGCCCUUCGUCCCUGCGCCUUGCCCUUCAUCAGUACGCCCUCCGAUUCGUGGCCAUGUCCUUCCCCUUCGUCGCAACACACCAGAUGCGCCCAGAACCCGCGAGUGAUAUAGAGCGGCACAAUGAAGCCACCAAUGGGCAAGCACACCCUACGGACUCGCCGAGGCCCAGAUGUGACAAGGACAUCGACUCAACGAAGGCUCUGCGUUCGCGAAGAAGAUAUGUCACGACGUCAGAUGAAUGUUGCUGCACGUCUCGUACAGGAACGAAACACAAUUCGAUAUAUCACACGACAUGCAAAAUCUGAAGAAGUAAAGACUGUACGAACAAAAACGGAGCCUUGGAGGACAAAUUUGGUUGAAAUGCACCGCGAACCGAGCAAACGGAAAUUACAGAUGGAAGAAACGGAGAAGGGAGAUAACGACAUUGACAUCCGGCGCAGGGAGGAGUCUACGAAGUAUACUCCGAAGUCGAAGACGGUACGAAAGAAAACAGUGGGUGGUGCAACACCUCUUGCUCCAACUAAGCAUGUCACAGAAAACAAACGGGACCACAACAAGGGUGAAGCGACUGAUGUGAACAAUGCACAAGUAGGAGGAAGCAGUGAGGAUAUCGAAGGAAGCAUGCGUUGUGGUCGCCAGGUGGGCGGAAGCAGUGGAGGCAGACACAUUGGAGGUCACAACAUUCAGUACAGAGAGCGACAUGUCUAAUGACAAGGUCGACAUCAUCGACAGAGUGCGAGGACUAGCAGCUGGAGCAAAACGAACCAAAUACGGAAGAGGACGAAUCAGAUCAGCAACAAAAGUCGGCCUGCACG